CAACCAUGUCUGACAAACAUUCCGCUGUUCUUGAGGAAAUCAAGAAGAACAUUCAAUCUCUGCACGACAAGUUCGAAGCUCUCGAGCAUAAGAUUGCUAAUGGCCCCAACAAGCACGCUGACAAGUCUCUGCGUAUGAUUCUCAUGGGACCUCCUGGUGCUGGAAAGGGUACCCAGGCUCCUGCCAUUAAGGAAAAGUUCUGUGUCUGUCACUUGGCCACUGGCGAUAUGCUUAGAGCUGCCGUUUCUGCCAAAACUCCUUUGGGUUUGGAGGCAAAGAAGGUCAUGGAUGCUGGUGGUCUUGUUUCUGACGAGAUUGUUGUUGGUAUGAUCAAGGAGAACUUGGACAACAACCAGGAGUGCAAGAAUGGGUAAGUAGAAUGACACGCGACAAUGAGAGAGACGUAUGAAGGGAGGCAGGCGGGUUGGAGCUAUUGUUGGUGU